AUGCCCGCAUCACAAUCUGGAUUUGCCAACUUCUUCUUGGAGAGGAACAUCAGCAUGCCGUCUGGAUAUCAGAUCCCGGUGCUGGGAUGCUCACCGGGUGUGCAGCAGCAGCAACAACAGCAGCAGCAUCUGGCAGCAAUGGCAGCUGGGGUUCCCAUCGCAUACACAGGACUACAGGGAUAUAACUUUAUCCCUUAUCCACACCACAGGCACAUCGCACACAUGAGCAACAGUUUCGACUUGAAGGCCGCCUCUCCUUACCAUCACGCACUCCUGGCUCGCGGGGGGGCUUUCUAUUCGCCGUACCGCCCCGGAGCACCCGAGGAUCCCAGUCGGGUCGCCAAAGUGGCCACACGAGAGAGCACAGGGGCGCUCAAGGCCUGGCUGAACGAGCACCUGAAGAACCCGUAUCCGACCAAGGGAGAGAAAAUCAUGCUCGCCAUCAUCACUAAAAUGAGCCUCACGCAGGUUUCCACCUGGUUCGCCAACGCGAGGCGACGCCUGAAGAAGGAGAACAGGGUCAGCUGGGCGUGUAAGGGGAAAUCAGACGAGGAGGACGAGGAGCAUGAGGGAGAGAGUGACGAAGACGAGAGCUCUCUGCAGAAAUGUCAUUUGGAUGAGCGGGAAGAUGAGGAAGAGCCUCAAGCUGACCGAGCAGACAGCGAUGAGCACGUCGAGAGCGCGCUGGACAGCUCGGCACCUGUGGAUGAGCACGAAGACGGAGAGAUUGCACUUGUCAAGAAAGUUGAAAAGAGUGACUCUGAUCACACGCCAUCGGCUUUGGAGAGUAAAGACACCAGUCAAAAACCUAAAAUCUGGUCCCUGGCAGAAACAGCGACCUCAGAGAUUGUGAAGAAACCUCUGGACAAUAUUUACCAUCCGGCCGGGAAACUGUGGGCCGACUGGGCUUCAAGAAACGGACUGUUUAUUCCCUCAUGUUAUACCACUCAUGAAAUCCUCUGA